GAUGAACACCUUAUGAGUUCGAAUCAAAAUAAUCCAGCAAUAAUCUGCGAAUACAGAAGCAAGAAGAUGGGAUUAGGGAUAUCGAUCCUCGUUGGUCUGAAAUCCCUCGUCUGUUUCCUCGUCUUCGUCUUCCUCAGAAACCACGGCUUCUCACUGAUCUCAAUACCUUUCUUCUACACUUCCCUCGUCUCUCUCCUUGUCUGCGUCGCUUCUCACCCUUCAAUCGAUCUUCCUCUUCUUCUCGGCAAAAACCCAGAUGGGUCGUUUCCUCUUUGGUCGAUCAUCGUCUUCAGUCCCUAUCUUUACUUCGUUAGGGUUUUCUCCGCGCUUCGUAGAUUCGUCAGUGGAGAAGAGCCCUACAACGAGAUCUGCGAGGGCUUGUUCGUCGGUGGAUGGCCGUCGUCGGAGCAGAGGAUACCACCGGGAAAUCCGGCGAUAAUCGAUUGCACUUGCGAGUUCCCGAGGAGAGAUGAGUUUAGAGGGAAUGCCUAUUUCUGUGUCCCGACAUGGGACACGAGAGCUCCUAGGGUUCAUCAGAUUGAAUCCGCUGUCAAGUGGGGGUGUCGGAAAAGGGCUUUGAAUGUUCCGGUGUUCGUCCAUUGCGCCUACGGUCACGGGAGAAGCGUGGCGGUGACAUGUGCGUUACUAGUUGCGUUAGAAGUAGUGGAUGACUGGAAGAUGGCCGAGAGAUAUAUCAAGCAGAAGAGGCCGUACAUUCGUAUGAAUGCUCUUCAUCGUAAAGCACUGGAAGAGUGGUCGCAGAAUCGGGUGGGUUACCCGAAGAGCAGGGCCGGGAUCCAUGUUAACGAAAAGAGAACCGAUUGAUCCAUCUUCUCGGUUACCAGUCUUUUCGGGUAUUGAUCGAAACGCUGUUUUAACAUUCACUCAGAAGUUCGAACUUUCUCAGUGCGAUGUAUUGUUUGGUCUUUUUAGGUCUUUGCAGUUCAGAACUUUCAGACACAGCUGAAAUGUUGCCAGUUGUGUGAGUGAAAGGCAGCAAACGCUGUCACUCUUUUCUCAAGAGUUAUCUCAUACAAAGGGAAAAUGAUGACGUGUUUUUACAUAAUUUUAUUUGAAUUUCUAAAUUAAACUAUAAUUUUACA